CGCCUAGUUACCAAUGCCGCUGACAUCGCGAUAGCACCGGGCUCGCUCAUCUGUAGCCCUGCCGCGGGACGGGAUGCUGGGCCCACUCUGAGAUGGUGACCUGCAAGCUGUGGCGGAGGUGUUGCGCACAGUGAGGCGUCGCGCAUCACUGACAGGAAGGGACCCCUCACUGCUGAGGUGCUGAACACCGCUAACAUGUGCGAAGGGGCAUCCAAAAUAAGUGGGCCAAUUCCCCCCGACCCCACCCUCUUUCCAGACUACUACAGGCGUCCGGCAUCAGCCCGUGGGAGGUUGGAGGGCACUGAUCUGAAGCUGGAUUUUCUGUCUGGCCCUCUGGCACCAGACCCCACGUUAUAUCCAACUUGUUACACAUCACGACCUGCCCAGCCUGCCCCCAGAAUCCGCCCCAACGCCCAGGACAUUUUGCAGAGGGGGCAGAAGGGCACUGUGGGUGUCCUCCUGACACUGGAGGGGAUUUCUCUCCACACAGAGUCCCCUCCUCCAAGAAAAAGUAAGGACUUCGGAAAGGAAAAUGUGCGCCGUAUGAGGGAAAUCCAGAAACGGUGCCGAGAUAAGGAGGUGGACAAGGCACGGGAGGCUCCUAAACCGGUGAAAGCUCUAUGGAAAUCCCCUAAAUAUGAACAUGUGGAGUCCAGGGUCAAAAUCAAACUCCAAGAGCCACCCACCCUUCCCAACACCGUGCAGACAGCCUUCCUCAAGUCACAUUCUAAGUGCGGUUCCUGCGUGCCACCCAAGAGGUCUAUGUCACCAGUGCCCAGCCGGCCUGCCACUGCCCGGGACACCAUGGAGAUUCAAGGUUCAAGUAUUGACUUUGUAGCACACAAUGCAAGAAACGCUAAGAAGGUCCAAAUCCGACGCUCCCGUUCCAUGGAAACCCUGAAUGACCUCCUGGAAGAGAAGAAACGGCAGCAGAAAGAUUACGAUUCCAAGCAGAAGGGACAAGUCCCCCAGUACCUCCUGGAUCUAAAGGACAAAUGGAUGAAAGAAAGAGCAGAGCUCAAGAAGCAGACCCCCGACCCAUCCAUGCCACCUGGACACACUCUAAUGCCAGAACGUGAAAGACAGGACACGCUUAAUAAGAUCAAACAGACGCAGUCGCAGCUCAUUAAGGACUUACUGAUGCUGCCGAUCCGCGCCGACACUCUCAGCAUCCAGAACCGACGCACAGAACUGGAGAAGAAACUCUCGGAGAUUGAGGAGGCUAUCAAAAUAUUCUCCCGUCCCAAAGUCUUUAUCAAAAUAGAUACUUAAGUGUCAGUCUUUGGUGGUCAUUCCGAGUUGAUCGCUAGCUGCAUUCGUUCGCUGUGCAGCGAUGAGGAAAAAAACCCAGCACUUCUGCGCAUGCGGCGCAAUGCGCAUGCGCGACUUACUAUCACAACGAAUGAUGUAGUUUCACACAGGGUCUAGCGACGCUUUUCAGUCGCACUGCUGGCCGCAGAGUGAUUGACAGGAAGAGGGCGUUUCUGGGUGUCAACUGACCGUUUUCAGGGAGUGUUCGAAAAAACGCAGGUGUGCCAGGAAGAACGCAGGCGUGGCUGGGCGAACGCAGGGCGUGUUUGUGACGUCAAAACAGGAACUGAACAGUCUGAAGUCAUCGCAAAGCGCUGAGUAGGAAUUGAGCUACUCUAAAACUGCACAAAAAAAUUAUGCCGCCGCUCUGCGAUCCUUUCGUUUGCACUUCUGCUAAGCUAAAAUACACUCCCAGAGGGCGGCGGCAUAGCGUUUGCACGGCUGCUAAAAACAGCUAGCGAGCGAACAACUCGGAAUGACCCCCCUUUAUCCCAUAAGCUUCCUUCUUUUUCUGUGUAACGGUCUGCAAGAGCAGUAGGAGAUACGGGUGGACUCCUGGCUUGGAUUCUACAUCUGAAGAGACAAUUACACCCUUUCAGAGUACUUCUUGUGUUGCCUUAAAAGUGAAUGAAUGAUUGAAUUCUGGACCUUUUGUUUGGUUUAAGUAAUUUUAAUAUAAAAAUGAUUACCAGAAUGUCAUGCAUAUGUGACCAUUAAAAUCUGUAGUUUUGCACUGUG